UCGGAUAGACCUAACCUUAUCCUCGUUGCCCGAACCUAACAGCUCCGGUCCACCCGCCCUAUAUAAGGGCCCUUCCACUAUCCCCUGCCUUUCCAAGCUGAAGCUUUCACAAAGUUCAUCAGAAAUUUGGAAGAAUUUUCGGUUACGCCACUCAAAGUAUUGAAUCAAAGGGAUUGAAAGAAUGGCCCUAGUUGCGGGAGGAAGGUCAACAUUGAACCCCAAUGCCCCUCUGUUUAUUCCUGCUGUUUAUCGCCAAGUGGAGGAUUUCUCACCAGAAUGGUGGCAACUGGUUACAACAUCAACAUGGUACCGAGACUAUUGGCUCAGCCAGCACCAAGAUGAGGAUGGUUUCUAUGACAAUGCCGAAGAUGAUGGCUUUGAUGGCAAUGACAUUGCGGAUUUGCUUCCAGAUACCUUUGAUCUUAUUGCUGAUGAAGAUCUCUCUGGUAUGGAUCUUCAGUUUGAAGAGUUCAUCCAGUCUUACGGGACUGAAAUGGAAAGCACAUCACCCCCUUUACCGUCUAAUGGAGGGUUUGAGAAGGAUACUGAAACUCUGAUGAAGAAUCUGAGUUUGUUGCAAUCGAGUCCUAGGUCUUCAUCAGUGCCAGCGAAGUAUGCUGAGAAGCCAGCCAAGAGUGUGAACCCUAAAUACAGCCCCCGUUGCAUCCAGCAGCCCCGCUGAAAGAGUCUCUAUACCUUGCAGGUUACGAUCUGUUAAGAACCACCGUAGUAUAGUUUGCAGUUAGCAUAACCGUAACAUCUGUAUAGAGCAAGGGUAUAACUCUUGUAUCAAUCCUUGUUCAUUCUCCUGUAUUUGCUUUUAGUUAACAGAAAAUGAAAGAACAAAAGUGUAAAAAUAAUAAUAAUAAUAAUUGUAAAAUUUUAGAAAAAAAAAUGGGAAUUUACCUUUCGUCA